AACCACGUGCACACGACCAAAAGUUAAGAGAGUCAUGUACUUGAGGCCUUCACCUUGACCCCGGACCGUCAUCCUCCACCGCUGGUUGUGCCACAGGCCAACCCAUUCUGCAAACGCGCUCGUUCCACGGCAUCUGUAGAAAUUUGACGAAGCUGCGGUCCGCGCUCGCCCUACUAUCGCUGCGAUGGAACAGGAGCUUAACCAGCUUGUACAAGCAAUACUAAUUGCCUCCGACCCCUCACAGGGCGCGUUGCACAAUCAGGCGUUGGAAUACCUCUCGACGAUACAGCAGAACUCGGCAGAGACAUGGAGGUCCGCACUUGCACUCUUUGUGGACACUGGGUCGGAUGGCAGUCGAAAAUACCCCGCGCCGGCCAGGUUCUUUGCUCUGCGCGUGCUGGAGGACUUCCUGGACAAUAGAUUUGAACCUCUGGAUAAUGAGUCGUUCCAGGUCCUCAGGCAAGCACUCGUCUCAUACAUUCAAUCCGAAUAUCUGUAUGGCCCUGCAGAGUCCAGUGCUGCAUAUAUCCGCAACAAGUUCUCACAUACACUCACCCUCUUUUUCCUGGUCACCUACCUUGAGCAGUGGCCAUCCUUCUUCGCCGACCUCUUCACACUCAUUCGCCCGCCAGAGUCAACUUCACAAUCCACCUUCAAUCCCCAUGUCUCCUUGCUGUUCUUCCACUUGGUCCUCGAAAUCUCCGGAGAAGUCGCCGAUCAGAUGAUCAAGUCUGCACGUACUUUCAGUCAAGUACGACAUGCGCGCGAUACAAGAGUACGGGACGCUGUUCGAGAACGAGAUGCUGCAGCGAUCAAUGGAGCAGUCCUCACGAUCGUUGCUGACGGCGUUGGGAGGAUGAAUCGGCUACGAAAAGGCGAUCCUGCAGGCUCAGAAAAGGAGUUGGAUACUGCUACUGAAGUGGUAGACUGGGGGAUGAGGACAUUUACUUCGUAUGUUGGAUGGAUCGAUAUUAACCUCACCGUAACACCUACAACUGUUCCCCUGCUCUUUAACCUGCUAUCGGACGCGUCUUUGCCGAUCCGUCUAGCUACGUGUGGUGCUAUUACCCGUAUUGUUGCCAAGGGCCUGAAAGAACCGGCUGAUAAGCUGCAGCUAAUUAAGGUGCUAUCUCUUGGCCAGGUUCUCGACGCGUUGGAAACGAAAACCCGUGGGGAACAAGCCAGCAGAGGGUCAGAUAUCGACGAAGGCGAGGAGUCCUACCGUGAAGCCCUCGGCCGCCUUCUGAAUGUCUUGGGUCUAGAGUUGAGCAAGCUUGUCGAUGAAUUCCCGACAGAAGACAUCCGAGCGGAAGCCAGUCAGCUAUUGAGCCAGUGUCUUCCCGUGCUCCUACGCUUCAUGGCAGACGAAUACGACGACACAUGCUCUACGGUGUUUCCCUUCUUACAGGCGAUACUUGGCAGUUACAAACGCCUACGGAAGUCCACCACGGAGCCUCUGGAUGAUGCCAAACGCGGUUUCCUUGCCUCGCUUCUACAGGUCGUCCUGCAGAAGUUGAAGUGGGAUGUAGAAGCCGAUCCAGAAGACAUGGAUGAAGAUGACAAGAUAGCGUUCGAGGACUUGCGGAAGGAUCUACGGACCUUUAUGGAUGCUGCUUUCGUCAUCGAGCCUGGCCUAGUGUCUGAGGCCCUCAGCAAUCUAGCGCUUAGCACUCUGAACACUUAUCAGAGUGGUAUUCCAGUGGAAUGGAAUGACGCGGAGUUGGCCGUCUACAUGGUGUUCAUCUUCGGCGAGAUCAAUAAGACCGGCACGAAGGGUCGUGGUGCCUUCUGCAUUACUCCUGCGGAUAUUGCUAAGGACAAGCGGAAGGAGACAGAUUACUCCGGUUACCCUCUCACGAGACAUGGCGAGAUGCUGUAUGCGCUGGUACAAUCCGGUAUUGCGGAGCACCAGCACAAGACCGUUAACAUGCAGUUCUUCGAGACUACAGCGCGUUAUGGCGAUUUCUUCAAGGUCCGCAAGGACUGUAUCGUUCCCGCCCUGCAAUCGAUGGUCGGUCCACGAGGGCUACACAACCCGGAGUCCAGGCUACGCUCGCGUGUAUUCUAUUUAUUUCACAGGUUCAUCAAGGAGGAUCGCAAUGAGAUCUCUGUCGACCUUGCAGGAACACUCAUUCAGAGCAUCCGCGAUCUGUUGACGAUUCAAGUGGAAUUGCCAGAACUGGAGAGUCCUGAACAAGACCUACUUGAGGAGGCAAUCAAGAACCCUGGUAUCUUCGACGCGCAGCUGUAUCUUUUCGAGACUGUUGGCACCUUGGUUUCGCUCUUCCAUAAGACGCCUGAGCAGCGCACAACGCUACUGUCUUCAAUUGUCACGCCGCUUCUGGACGAACUGUCACGCGAUUUGUUAGCCGCUAAAGGAUCGAAGGAGCCUCUUGCCAUUCUGAAGGUCCACCACAACAUCAUGGCUUUAGGAAAUAUCGCUAAAGGCUUUCCUGACUACCCUUCGCCUGUUCCAGAGGGAUACCUCCUUCCUCCGGUGAACAUCUUUACUCAAAUCGCCCAAGCGGUCUUGGUUUGUCUCGAAUCGCUCAGCACUUACAGGGCUAUCCGGGAUGCAACUCGGAACGCCUUCACGCGUAUUCUCGCCACCACAGGGCCCAACAUCACUCAACUGGUCCCGCCACUCAUGGCCAACCUUCUUACCCACUUCGAACCAACGGAGUUGAUCGAUUUCAUGACCUUCAUUGGUCUAUUGAUGCAUAGACUACAACGAGAUUUGUUCGAUGUUCUAGACCAGCUCAUCGGUCCCCUGGGCGUCCACAUCAACGGUCUACUGGCCCAACCAGUUACAGGAACUGAUGACCAGGUCGCUCACAGCGAUACGAGGAAAGCCUACCUAACGCUGCUGAACAAUGUCAUGACUUCACAGCUUCACGGCAUCUUCACAUCAGAACGCAAUGGUGCUCAGCUGGAGGGCCUAUUCACUUCCAUGCAACGAUUUGCUGAGGAUGUCAAUGACCCCGCUAGCCAGAGAGCGGCGUUCCAGUUCCUGGGCCGCUGCGUUCUGGCCUGGCUUGAGCCGAUUCCCGGAGCGAAUGGUCAAGCCAAUGGCCGGUCUCAGGCUUUGCCCGGCUUUGAGCAAUAUGUGUACGAGCGACUUAUUCCAUCCGCUUUCUCCGUUUUGGCGUCUCCCCAGUUCAACAUCAAGGACGGGCAGAUGUUGGUGGUUCUCCAUGAGAUUUGCAAUUUCUUGUCCGCAGUCUCAAAAGCGAGAGGCCAAGAAUCUUUCGAUUUCUUCACUCAAGUUUUUCUGCCUGCCCAGGGCUGGCCACCGGGGGCUGCGCAGGAGUUUGCCACGAAGCUCAGAGAGCUUGACAGCAAAACUUUCAAAAAGUACCUUGCGGAUACCAUUCGUGCUUCACGUUCGUAAUUAAAUCACACCACAUGCUUAUGGUAGAACCCUUCGCUACAUUCUAACCCUUCCACAAGUCGCAUACUACUUAGUUCUCUUAUUCGUGCUGCUCGUAUACACCCUACAAGCUGUUGUGCAAUUACCGAAGUAAUUUUUACAAACUUACCUGAAGAUUUGAAGAAUAUUCCUACUUCGCUAUAUUGGCAUUGGUCGUCAAUACUCAAUCUUAACUUUGUGC